GGCCGCCGGCGGCCCACUUCCGGCUGGUCCUGGGGGUCGCCGCUCGCCUUCCGAAGGCCCCGCCGUUGCCACUAUGGGGAAAUCGUUCGCCAACUUCAUGUGCAAGAAGGACUUCCACCCUGCCUCCAAGUCCAAUAUCAAGAAGGUAUGGAUGGCCGAACAGAAGAUAUCGUAUGAUAAGAAGAAACAAGAAGAAUUAAUGCAACAGUAUCUUAAAGAACAAGAAUCUUAUGAUAACAGGUUGCUUAUGGGAGAUGAACGUGUGAAGAACGGUCUUAAUUUCAUGUAUGAAGCCCCACCAGGAGCCAAAAAGGAGAAUAAAGAGCAGGAAGAAGCAGAAGGAGAGACUGAAUAUAAAUUUGAAUGGCAGAAAGGAGCCCCACGAGAAAAAUAUGCCAAAGAUGAUAUGAACAUCAGAGACCAGCCAUUUGGUAUCCAGGUGCGGAAUGUAAGGUGCAUUAAAUGCCACAAAUGGGGUCACGUCAACACUGAUCGAGAGUGUCCUUUGUUCGGUCUUUCUGGAAUCAACGCCAGUUCAGUUAAUAGUGAUGGUUCAGGGCCAUCAAUGCACCCCUCCGAGCUAAUAGCGGAGAUGAGAAACAGUGGGUUUGCGCUGAAACGAAAUGUACUGGGGAGAAACUUGACCGCAAAUGAUCCAUCACAGGAAUAUGUGGCAAGUGAAGAUGAAGAAGACCCAGAAGUUGAAUUUUUAAAAUCACUAUCAACUAAACAAAAACAGAAACUUCUCAGGAAAUUAGAUCGGCUUGAAAAGAAAAAGAAAAAAAAGAAAAAAGAUAAAAAGAAGAAGCUGCAAAAGAAGAAAAGCAAAAGUAAGCAGAAAAAACAUAAGAGCAGCUCCUCCUCCUCCUCCUCGUCUUCCUCUUCCUCCUCCAGUGAGACUUCAGCAAGCAGCAGUGAUAGUGAGAGUGACAGCAAAGAGAGAGGAGCACAAAAGAAGAUGUAUUCUAAGAAGAGAAAAAAAGACAAGUUUUCAGAGGUUAGCAGCAGUGAUUCUGAAGGGAAGGAAAAGUCUAUGAAGAAAAAACUUUACAAGGAGCCCUCCAGUAGUCACGGCAACAAGGAAAAAACCAAGGAGAAGACUCAUCUUUUAAAGCACGAUAGUUCUAGGGAGGAUGAUAAAUGGCACUACAGUGGUUCUGACCGAAAGUCCAAAAGGAGAAACCAGAGCCCAGACAAGAGGGAAUCUGAAAGGAAUGAAGAUAGCAGGAGCCAAAGCAAGGAUGAGAGGAGUGGGAGAAGUCACGGCAGUUACAGGCAAAGGCAAACAAGAAAAAGACCAAGUCGAAGCUCCAGUGAAGAGCGGCACAGGAAAAAUGAAGCCCGGAGCUGUAACACAGAUGUGCAGAGAGAGGGAAAGAAAUAUAGAGAGAACUCUGGAAAUAAGUGUAGUAAGGUGGAACGUAGAGAAAGAAGCCGAAGUAGAAAUAGAAUGGAGAGAGAGUAUGUGUGACAGUUGCCAGGGAAUAAAAAUCUGUCUACUGUUUUUUUAAUACCUUCAAGCAAGGGCUAAAUUGUGCACUGUUGUCUUUCUAAUAAAAAGGUCUAUUUUCAUUUUCCACUUCUAUAAACUGUCAUUUCAUGCACAAAACUGCAGCAGUACCGUAAGAAUGAAUCUUGUGAAUAUUUGUAAGUAACCUAUUUUGACUGUAGACCUUUUUUUCUCCCGGUAAAUGUUUCUUAUUCUCUUGGACUGCUUAGGCCGCAUAUAACUUUGUAGGUGCCAUUUCCUUUUAUUUGAAAUAUCAUUAAAAGAGGAAUGACAGUACCCUGAAUGGGAGAGAUUUAAUUUGAGAUUUGUCUGUUUGCGUUCCUAUUUCUUUUAAGAUUUAAAUUUGUUUUGGCCAAAGUAAUCUUUUGUGAAAUCCCCCAGCAGGUUUAAACUGCUGUGAUAGCAUUUUUCGAAUGUUCUAAUGUGCUGCUUCAGGCAGCCUUUCAGAGAAUUUUCGAUACUAAUUUUUUUCUUUUUUGAUUUCUACCGAAGAAGGAAAUUUCUUGAAUUGAAAUGGCUAACCAUAAUAUCUUGAAUCGGGUAUAGCCAAAGGUUUUGGAUAUUUUUGAAAGUUUAUCUAAACAUCUUGAACCCUGUGGUCUGUGUCAGUUCAGAGUCACGUUAUUGUUUGGUAAUUUUUCAAGACAUGAAAAGAAUACUUAACUGUUUCCAGGUAUUUAAUUGUAUGCAGAAGGAUGUUAAUUCGGAUGGUCUUUCUUAUGUUGUCAUGCAGCUGUUAUGCUUUUAUUUUUCUUAAGGUCUGUGUUUUUACCACAUGUCAUAAAGAUGAACUAUUUUAAUAAACUCCAUUAUUUUUAGAAGCAAUAAGAAAAACAUUAUUCUCUAGUGUUCAAUAUUGUUUCAAAGGAACAGGUACACAAAUCAAAUGCAUGUGUUCUCUUUGCGAACGUAACAUUGCCUUAUGUAAGUCAAAUGGAUGUGAAAAAAUAACGGAUGGAGAGAAGCAAUCCUUUUAGUACAACCUGCCAGAAUUUGCUAAGGCCGCUCAUCCAUAAGUCACAUUAAAAAUGUAUUGUCUGUGUCCCUUUUUCACAUUUCAGUUUUAUUUCUUUCCAAUUGUGACCCUACUACCUUCGAAACUCUCAGGCUUUAAGAGCCAGUAGAUUUUGUUUGCUUAAAUAAAUUUUAUUGAAUCAAUGUGCCUCUUCAUAAGUUAGUAGUAGUAGUAGUUUGGAAUCUUUCCAGAAGAGGAAACUCUAAAGUUUGGUAAGAAAUAAAACGUUUACAAAUAAAAAUAAAAACAAUUGAUGUGGUCUGGAAUGUAUAGGCUGUAAUAAACCAUGGGAUACUGUGUAA